AUGUCCCUGGCCGCAACCUCAGACUUGACCCACUUCCACCUCCACUCCCUGCAACUGCCCGGCGACAACAGCUCCACAGCGUCCGCCGCAGCAAAGCCCUCCGACAAACCCAAGUUCAACUCCCUCCACGCGUCCGCCAACAUGGGCCCCAACGCCUCCGCCCCGGCAAACAGCACCAGCAGCACCCCGCAGCUGGGCAUCAACCACCUCAGCAUGGCCAACAUGGCCAGCAUGGCCAGCAUGGCCAGCAUGGGCCAGCUCAACAUGAACGUCAACGUCAACCAGCAGUUGAGCCACCUCACCCAGCUCGGCCAGCUCGGCCAGCUCGGCCAGCUCAACAUCAACCCGCUCAACUCAAUCAACUUCCCCGUCAACAACAUCGCCUCAAACUCCUCCUCCUCGCCCCAAAACCAGACCCAACCGCUCGCAAACGGAACCGCCUCCGCCUCCGCCAAUGGCAGCAGCAACUCCUCGGUCUUGCCAACCAUCCUUCCGCCUCCCCUAGUCAUCGGCAAAUCCGGCCAAUCCCAAAACUCCAAAGUCUCCUCCGCCUCCUCCCCAAACUCCCCAAUCCCCAAGAGCAGAUCUCUGGAUCACUCCCAACUGCACCAGAUCAACAGGCUGAACUCAAAUGACGAAAUACCCCUAUCCAACGCCGUCAACCUCAACAUGAACCAAGGCCAGACCGGUAUAAAAAAGUCGGCUUCGCCGCUAGAGUCAAACCAGGCGCAAAACAACUCAAACAUGGUCAUGCUCCCACCCUUGGCCACCCCGUACAUGUACAACAUGGCUAAUGGCAACGCUGCCAACGGCGCAAAUGGCAACUCUUCCGCAGCCAAUGGUGGCAUCAACUCCUCGGGCAACGCUGCUGGUGAGUCAAUCAUGGUAAACACCAAUGGCAACAGCAACGGCAACAUGUCAAACAUCGGCAAGUCCCCGCAGCUAGCCUCAAACUCGAGUGCUUCAAACUUGCCUCCACUGUUCCGACUCUCGCAUGAUGCUUCCCUACCUCACCAACAUUCAAACUUACAACAUCAAAAUCAACUGCAACAGCAUCAGCAGCAACAGCAACAGCAACAUCAGCAACAUCAGCAACAUCAGCAACAUCAGCAACAUCAGCAUCAGCAACAACAACAGCAACAGCAGCUGCAACAACAGCAGCAACAACAGCAACAACAACAGCAACAGCAACAGCAACAACAACAGCAACAGCAACAACAACAUUCCAUGUCAACAGUCUUCAACACCUAUAACGGUUUCAACUCUUUCAACAACUAUCCAUCCUACACCUCCUUGCAGCAUAACUUUGACUCUCCUCUGCCAUUCAAUUCCAUCUCAAACAACCAUUAUAUCACUUCGCUCGAUAGUAAUGGCAACGCCAAUGGCGCCAACCAAAUAGCAAACGCCAAUAACAACAAUAGCCUCCACAGUAUCCACCCCAUUGGUCAUGCAAACGGCAGCUCCGGCAUGCACUCCAUCAAGAGAUCUUCUUCUGUCGCAGGAUUAGACCAUAACAUCAACAACAGCACAAACUCGAUCUCCUCGGCCAGCUCCUCGUCGUCGCUUCCGGCUGCAAAGCCGGCCCACCAGCCGAGAAAGAAAAGAGAAUGCCCUAUCUGCCACAACUUCUUCUCCAACUUGACCACCCACAAGACCAUCCACAACAAAGACUCAAAGCCGUUCAUCUGCUCCACCUGUAACAGGGCCUUCAAAAGACUCAACGACUUGAUCAGACACGAGAAGUGCCAUCUGUCUCAGCUGGGCGAGUGGGAGUUCCAGUGUCCUUAUCAUCCCGGCGCAGACCUCCUCAGGUCGAACCGCGGCGAAAUCUGCCACCACACAGGCUUCUUCACCAGAUGCGACACCUACAAGAACCACCUGAAGGCCAUCCACUUCAGAUACCCUCCAAACACCCUAAAGAGUGAACGGUUGAGGGUGAGCGGCCAUUGCAGAGAGUGCGGGGGCUACUUCGACAACGUUCAAGAGUGGCUUUCGAAACACAUAGAAACCAACCAAUGCCCGAAGAUGAUAAACCCAAGUGAGCGGAAAAGAAGAUAG